CAGACCACACUGGCUACUCGGUCAAAGAGAGCCAGCCAAAGGGGAGUAGGGCUCCUGCACCUUCCUCUCCCUGCGACACAUCAGCACUUGGCACAGAGGAGGCUCCAUACCACGCUUCACAAAUCCACAAUCCAAGCCUUUAAUCCCAAGUUACAGCAGACUUAAAAGGGGAGGGCAGUUAUCUAACUCUCUCAGCACCCCCAUGUGCCUGCUUGGAUCAUGGAGCUGCACUGCCUUCCUACUGAUACCCCCACCACAGCCAGCUCCUGCUCCACGGAUCACCCGUACGACAACUGCCCACCUUUUGGCCAGCGAGAGAGAGCCAGGGAGAAGGAAAUGGAGAGUGGAGUUGUGUGCCCUGCUGUAACCAGACUCCCAGGCCCCCAGAGCCCACUGCCUGGUCUGGCCCCAGCUGUGGCUGAGGUUCAGACAGUGGUCGGUGGGGGAAGAGGGCCUGGCAUUUGGCCAGCUCACAGCUACUGCAACUGUAAAGAAGGCCUGGGAAGACAGGCCUGGGAAGCAGAGCUAAGCAGAGGCAUAAACACAGCAAGAGGAGGAGACAGAGGAGGAGAACAGGGGUGUAGCUGGGGAGUUCAUGUGAACCAAAGCCCAAGCCCAUCACAGAGUGAAGAGCAUCGGAGCGCUCUGUCUCUGUAUGAUAAUCUUCCUGAUGCUGAAACAUCCAACAGCCUCCAAGACUUUGACACAGAAACAAGCUUCCAGGAACACUUGCAGGAGCAGAUGCACAAAGCUGUAGCAUCCAAACAAAUCCAAGGAUUGAUGGAGGACGACUGUGUGACUGAAAAGAUGCUCAGUAAUAGAUGUUCUAGCAACCAGGACCAGAAACCAGACCAAGACGAGGAGCAUGAACCGGAGCUAGAGCUGGACUCAGGAUCCUGUAGAUUAACAGAAGGGGACCUGAUGCAGCAUCACCACCUCCCUACGUCGCUUCCUCAACAUCUUACACAAAAUUCCGCUCAGAUGCGUCAAACCAAGUGUCACGACCCACUGCUGUGGCCUCCGGCUGAUGUCAAACAACCAAAACGGACAUCGUCUCCCAGAGUGCCCCCUCCAUUACCCCUGGCAGACCCCUCUGCCAGUGCUUUACGCAGCCUCCUCACCAGCCUGCAGCACCAGAUAAUGAAGCAGAGAGAGGAAUAUGAAGCACGGAUAAUCAGUCUGGAGCAGAGAAAUGAAGAGCUACAGAUGGAGGUAGUUCAUCUGAAAACAAACCUCGCACAGCAGCGGCACUGGUACCAGGUUGUGCAGGCGAAGAUCGUGGAAUCUGAACGGGCACGGGCUGCCGCGGAAGCACACAACACCACGAUGCAGAGGGAGAUGGAGCAGUUUUUCGACAUCUUUGGAGAGCUCAACAACGAGGAAAAGAAAACGGAACACAUUGUGAAGAGCUUUUGAGAAAGCUUAUGAUACGAGGAGUGAGUGCAAAGAGUAGGAAAUAAAUGCACAAGAUGAGCUGGUCAUUACACUCUAAUGAGGGUCUUUUAUCACUAUGUCACUAAUAAAGCAAUGUACAGUCAUUUCCUCAUGAAGAAUCUGAGAAUUGCACAAAACAGCAUCAAAGAAAGAAAAAUAUUCACUGAUGUCCACUUUAUUAGCUGAGUAUGGGCAAAAGAUGUUGGCCAAAAGGUAAUAUUGUGGUCAUUGCAAUCACAGAGGACAUCUCUGGAAAUAAAAGGAGGAACAAACCGAGA